AUGCUCUUCGAUGAACUUGACAACACUGACCCGGCCGUUGAGAAUAUUCGCACAUUGUCCAUAAAACAUCUCCAGAACGUCAAUGAUGAACGAGUCGUUUCUCAUUUCGACUUCAAAAGCGUACUCAGACGCCUCCGCACACUUCGCCUCUUCAUCAGCAGUGAAGACGACGACGCGGCACCCGAGAACGCAAUAUCCUUGCCCGAGCCUCAUAGGUUCAUGGCAGAGCUUCCAAUAACGUGGCUCGCGCACACGACAUCAAACCUUACCAGCUUAAAGCUGUACUCCGAUAGUUAUUUCGGCUACAGACCCAAGCUCGACCUGCGCAACACCCGCUUUGUUGCGCUGAAGUCCCUCGCAUUCGGCAACUACACCUUUACGCACAACUGGCAAUUGGAAUGGAUACUUUCUCACUCUUCCACUCUUGAGAAAUUAUACCUCGAUGACUGUCCCAUCUUAUAUCAUGUCCUGGUGUACGACGACGUCGAUUCUGAAGGAUACCCUGCCAACCCAACAAAGUCCACCUUCACAGCCUUUGAUGGCAAAAACGUCUGGUCGUACAAAGCCCGCUGGCACCAGUACUUCGAGCGCAUCCAAUCGGGCCUCCCCAAGCUACGUGAGUUCCGCAUCGGUUCCGGCGACUGGGAUGGUGUGGAGUACCCGGAGCCAGGUGAUGCGUUCAAAGACACUGAAACCAUGGAAGCAGGGCUGUACCCUGAUAGGUACAUGGCCUACGACGAGGGUAUAGGCCCCUCGCAGUUCACCGACGAGCCGAGCAGCGAACGUGGUGAUUGGAAGAAGUACCAUCCCGAGGCACCCGAGCUGGGGCCGAGACCGGAAUGCGACGAGGAGGAUGAGAGUGCAUUGAGGAGCUUGUUGAAGAGUAUUGGACAGGCAGUGGUGGCUAAUGAAGAGUAUGGUCCCUCGUUGUUGAGGGAGGGGAAACGGUGA